CGGGGCGGGACUCGACCACUCUCACUGUCCAAACUGUUGCAAAACUUCAGGCAGGGACCAGUAGAUCCAGGAUAAAAAGGGGAAGACAUCUGUUUGUGAGCUUGAAGAGGAUACUGCGAUCAUGGCAGAUGAAGCAGCCAUGGCAGAGGACGGCAUCGGGCCGGCCCAGACCCCCCUGGUCGAAGUCAGCUUCCAGAAGAACAUCCACAGGAACCAGAAGUACCUGGAGGCGGAACCCAAGGCCCUGGGGGUCACUCAGAUCGGCCUGAGUUUGUUUCAGAUCAUUUGUGUGGCCGUGUUUCUGGCCAAAGGCCUGAGUCACAUCGGUAUUGACAUCCCCUUCUUCAUUUCAUCUCUACUGGUGUUAAUAGCCGGGAGUGUGGCUGUCGCAGCACAGAACCUCCAUCUGCCAACGCUGAGAGCCUGUCUGGGGAUGCAGAUUGUGGCAAGUGGCGCGUCCCUGUACAACGUGGUCUGUUCUCUGAUUAAAAUGGACGACACACCCACCUACUGCUGGCACUAUUACUACGACAACAGCACACUUCGAAUUGGCGAAAUCUGCCAUAAUAUUGAGAAUAUCCGCUCCCACUUUUAUGCUGAGUCCGUGCUCAUCCACGCUGCUCUGUUUGCCAUCUCCGUCACUCUGGCCGCCUACUGCUGCAAAGUGGUCAACUGCUGCGCACCAGCUCCCAGAAUGACGGUGAUCACUGUUCAAGCCCCUGCCGUCCAACAGUGAGGAAACGCCUAAAAAAGGGAUGCACAGUCACACACUAAUGCUUAUGUCAAAGCUGCACUAACCCUUUUAUGUUUUUAUAACAAUGGACGACAUGAUUUAUGGUGUGUAAUGUGAAAUGUGUUGCUGUGGAGUUCCUCCUCUGUUUAGCCCCUUUUGGCUCGUUGUUUUGCUUUUUUUUAAGUCGCAGCUAUUGAAAGCUAAAAAAUCGGAUGAAACCACUUGUUCACUGUCUGCUCCGGAGCAACCAGAGGACACUCAAUCAGAGGGCAGCAGGUGAUCAUGGAGCAGGAAGCAGCAACAGAAAGUCAGGAGCUAGCAGGACUCCCACUGCCACUGUUUGCUGAAGCAAAUCAUUUUAUAAGAUUAUAUGUCGGUGUGUCGUUUACAGCUUGUCCUAGUGCCCCCGGGUGGUAUGAAAAAAACACGUUAAUGCCAGGUAUGAUAUGAACAGGGUCGUAGUCUAUAGUUGUUGUAAUGUUGUGAAAACCUUGGAUGACAUUAGAAAUGGGGACAAGUAACUGAACAUGUUAUUAAUAACCAUAUCUUUUGUUGAAGAUUAGAGAAGGUCAAUAAUUCAACUGUAUGGAGACGGCAAUUACAUUUCAUUUUAAUGUUUAUCAUUCACAUUACGCUUUGCUUAAAAAAUACUUGUGCUCAGAUUGUUGGUAACUUCAUAACGAUCACUACCUAUUAACGCUUCACACUUCCCUUUGUCACUUCAAUUAACCACUGUGAACAAUAAAAAAGUUAACCUGUA